GGGGGGGGCUGGAAAAUGACUCAGUAAGUUCGGCGCGCCCGCUCCGGCCGGCCUGCGCCUCCCGCCGCGCCCGCGCCCGCGCCCGGGAUGUAUUCGUCCCCGCUCUGCCUGACCCAGGAUGAGUUCCACCCGUUCAUCGAGGCGCUGCUGCCGCACGUGCGCGCCUUCGCCUACACCUGGUUCAACCUGCAGGCGCGCAAGCGCAAGUACUUCAAGAAGCACGAGAAGCGCAUGUCGCGCGAGGAGGAGCGCGCGGUGAAGGACGAGCUGCUGGGCGAGAAGGCCGAGGUGAAGCAGAAGUGGGCCUCGCGGCUGCUGGCCAAGCUGCGCAAGGACAUCCGGCCCGAGUGCCGCGAGGACUUCGUGCUGGCCGUCACCGGCAAGAAGGCGCCGGGCUGCGUACUCUCCAACCCCGACCAGAAGGGCAAGAUGCGGCGCAUCGACUGCCUGCGCCAGGCAGACAAGGUGUGGCGGCUGGACCUGGUCAUGGUCAUCCUCUUCAAGGGCGUGCCGCUCGAGAGCACCGACGGCGAGCGCCUGGUGAAGGCGGCGCAGUGCGGCCACCCGGUGCUCUGCGUGCAGCCGCACCACAUCGGCGUGGCGGUCAAGGAGCUCGACCUCUACCUGGCCUACUUCGUGCGCGAGCGAGACUCGGAGCAGAGCAGCAGCCCCCGCACAGGGCUGAGCUCAGACCAGGAGGACAGCAAACCUAUCACCCUGGACACAACAGAAUUCCAGGAGAGCUUUGUCACCUCUGGCGUGUUCAGCGUCACGGAGCUCAUCCAAGUGUCCCGCACACCUGUGGUGACUGGUACAGGACCCAACUUCUCUCUGGGAGAGCUGCAGGGGCACCUGGCCUACGACCUGAAUCCAGCCAGCACCGGAAUGAGAAGGACGCUACCCAGCACGUCCUCCAGUGGGAGCAAGCGGCACAAGUCGGGCUCGAUGGAGGAGGAUGUGGACACGAGCCCUGGCGGCGACUACUACACCUCGCCCAGCUCCCCCACGAGUAGUAGCCGCAACUGGACGGAGGACAUGGAAGGAGGCAUCUCGUCCCCAGUAAAGAAGACAGAAAUGGACAAGUCGCCCUUCCACAGCCCGUCCCCCCAGGACUCCCCGCGCCUCUCCAGCUUCACCCAGCACCAUCGGCCCGUCAUCGCCGUCCACAGCGGGAUUGCCCGGAGCCCACACCCGUCCUCGGCUCUGCACUUCCCCACCACAUCCAUCCUGCCACAGGCGGCGUCCACCUACUUCCCCCACACGGCCAUCCGGUACCCGCCGCACCUCAACCCCCAGGACCCGCUCAAAGAUCUCGUGUCACUGGCCUGCGACCCGGCCAGCCAGCAGCCUGGACCGCCUACUCUGCGCCCGGCGCGUCCCCUGCAAACCGUUCCUCUCUGGGACUAGAGCCGAGGGAUCACAGUCGUGGUACCUGGGGUAGUGAAGUUCUGCGCCCCCCGCCUCCUCUCCACCGCCUGGGAUCCCCGGGGCAGCACCAUCUGCCCCCCAAACCCACAUUUGUGGUGGAGAGUUAAGAGCAAGCAAGAACACCCCACCAACGCCCAGCCCGGCUGAAAAGACAAACCCACAGACAGACCCAGUGGGAGGAAAAGGAAAAGCAACACACCCCCCAAAAAGGAGAAAAACAACAAAAACAGAAGAACAAAAAAACAAAACACGCAAGGAAAGCCCCACCACCCACAGACCCGUGAUGACGAAAGGUAAAGACAGCCUGGACGCGCGGCUCCCUGCGCCCCCCACCAUUCAUCUCCGCUUCGCCUGCUGCCCAGAAGGACGCCGCGGCCGCCCCGCAUGCCAGGUGAGCCAAUGGCCAGGGCUGGGGGCGGCCAUGGGGCCCCCCACAGGCACUACAGGCACCGAUCGUCCACGCCCAGCCCCACCCCGCCUGGGGCCUUUGCCAAAGAAGGGAAGGAAGCAAGCCGCAGCGGGGAAGGGCGCAGCGAGGACCGGCCUCGGGCGGCGGACCUCCGCAGAGGCAGGGUGGGCAGAAGAGGCACGCGCCCCCCACCCCCACGUUGCUGGGACGGGACAGACGCCAGACCGCUACUUUGGGGGGACCCACCCUGGCAGGGACCUGCAAGGCCCCAGGACUGGCUCUAGCUCUGGGCCUCUGGGGACUUGGUCUUUGGGGGGCCACCAGACCAGCCCCAUGGGAGGGGACGGGGGACAUCUAUGCAAGUGACCCCAGGCCCCCGGCACGGCGGCCUCCCUCCCUGCCUGGUCUAUUGCACACGUGGGAGCAAUGCACUUUCCCAGGAAGGGAGCGGAGGCGUGGGGACCCUCCGGCCCAGACCCCAUGUGGGGUCUGCUGGCCUCUGAGGCCCAGCAGGGGAGCCCCCACCCCCAAGAACCCUGAAGGUGGGAGCCGCGAGUGGUUUAAGUGCCUGACCCCCACCGUCAUCCAUCAGACAGAGUGGCCAGAUGCACCCCAUCCUUCCCCCAGCCCGGCCCCUCAUUGCCGUGCCCCCUCCAAGCUAGAAAGACGGGACCCCCAAGGGUGAGCACUGGGGGCCCCCGUGCCCCCACCCUGUGGGGCCCCGGGUCAGGUCCUGGGGGUCCCGCCGCCCCCUCAGCCAGUGCCUUACAUGCUGGAGGGAGGCCAGUCCCUCCCGGGUGCCCCCUCCCCCCCCCCCCGUCACCAAUUGCACUUUCAUCUCCCCCAAAGUGGGGCCCGGAGGAGGGCCUCCCGCACUGGGAGGGCGCUGGCAGAGACGGGGGGUUGGGGGGGGUCCUCAUCCGCAAUGCAUUUUCCGUUGACCUGCUCCAAAAACACUAAGCUGGGGACGCCAGGUGCCCCCAGCCAGCUCCGUCCACGCCCACCCCCAGGACCCUUUUUUGGUGGGGGGCCAGGGUGGGGUGUCAGGUUUUAUAAACACAAGGACCCCCUCCCAGGCCCUGCUGUCCAUCCUGUCUCCCCCCUUUGGCCAAAGCCAUCAUCCAUUCACCCUGGCCCAGCCCCUCCUCCUUCUGGGGGCCUGGACUCUAUUUCCCCAAAGUAGCUGGGGUGUGGGGGGUUGGCCCCCUUGAUCUCACACAGGAAGACCCAAGACCUUCCUCACCCUCCGUCUCCGAUCCCCGCAGCCCAGAGCACUGGGUGGGGGUGUGUCCGUCCGUCCGUCCGUCCUCAGGGCCCUCCACGGGGGAGGGGGGGUCCCUGGAGACGGCAGCACUGCUGCUGUCCUGCAGGGCCAGGGUGAGGGUCAUGCCACCUGGCAGCCCGAUGCUUCUCUGCCAGGGUGGUGACGGGGUGGGGGACAGGCCAGACUCGGGGUACACCCGGCAGCACCCACACACACCUGUGGGGUCUGGGCCUGCGAGAACCAACUCUUUACCUGACUUGCAUGGUGCUUUCGAACCCGCGAGACCUGUAUGCAUGGCGGAUGUCCCCGGCGCUGCCGCCCGCCCCGCCGCCUCCCCCAAACCCCAAAACAAAAAACAAAAAAACUACCAAAAAACAAAAAACCCCAGCCCCCCCGAUUCCACGUCUCCUGAUUUGCACGAGAAUUUUCUAUCACAUGAUGUGCCUUGCCUCCCUCCGUCAGCACUCAGCUGCAUGUCCGCACGCGUAGACCCAGACAGACAGACAGACAGACGACGCCACAACGUUAGACGACGUAAGAUGACGUACCCAGCAAAAAGGGAUGGAUUUCUAUUUGUAAAAAAAAUCAUCUUCAUCAACGGACAGAAGGAAGUGAUGUUCAAAAGACGAGAAAAUGCUCGAAAGCGAGCCACAAAAAUCACACCCACAGACCCCAUGCCCUCCCCACCGCCCCCUCCUGCAGUUGGGGGGCUCUUCCCUGGUGCUCACCCGCCGUCACGGCCCCCUGCCCUGGGGACCGUGGACCCCACGGUCCUGCCCAGCCCCUUCCACCAUCUCUGGGCACAGCCUGGUCCCCACCAUGAUCCAGACUCCAUCCGUGCAGGCUGGGGGCCCGCCAUCCCUGUGUAUCCCAGCUUUGUCACCAAAGGACCCAUUCUUCUUGAGCCGGAGACCAGCCUGGGGUGACCCCUUCCCCUCCCCCCCCCCCCCACUGUCCCAUCUUCCGUCUUCCAGCUAUUGACACGAAGGAGUGAAACGGGAACCCCACGAAACUCGAUAUAUGCAAUACCUGUCCUUUGCACCCCGCGGGCCGGGCCUCUGUCUGGGGGUUGUCUUGUCCUUGACUUUGGUCUCUCUGGUUCUUUCUUCCAUCCUUCCUCCCUGUACCCCACUUUCUCUGUCUCUUUGCAGUGUCCUUCGCCUUUUCCUUUACCAAAGCUAAGGCAGGCAGAUGGGUGUGGGGGCCAUAGACAGCCACUCCUGCCCUGCCUGGCACCCCACCUGGGGCCCCCAGCACACAGCUGUCACCCUUUGUCCCCUCAGGAUGUAAGGUUGUCUCAAAAGCCACCAAAAUAUUCUUAAUCCCAACUUUUCUUCCAAAAAGACCCUGGCACAGCCCAGGGGACAGGGACGCCAGGUUUGGGGUGCCCAGCUGCUGGCAGCAGCGACACAGCAAAGGCCCUGGGGGCUGCUGUCCCCACUCACCCCACUUGCCCUCUCUGUUGGGGACAGUGGUGAGUGGCGGGCUGGCCGGGUAAGGUGUCCCCACUCCCAGGCCCCAUCGCCCAGCCAUGGCCUUGGGGUCCCUGGCCUGACCAGUGAGCCAUUCCUGGGUGGUGGCAGGAGACAGAGUUGGGGUUUUCUCUUGACAAGUUCAUGUGAAACCCACCCCUCCCCAGGCAACAUCCUCUCAGAGCCUCCUUGCACCCCCAGCUGACUCUCAGGCUUCCAUCCACACCAUGAGAAAGGUCGGGAAGGCCCCCACACAUAUGCAAGUCGCACAGCCCUAAAGGACUGCAAAGAGGGACAUACCCCACCUCCGGGUUCAAAACCCACAGGCUCCCAUGGGGCUCAGGCAGACCCAGUGGGGCCAUCUGAGGGAAUGGAGCCGCGGACACCUCAGUACUGUCACCUAGGGGUCCCCUGGGACUCCCCACACCCUUGGGGCCACUUCUGCUCUCCGCCCUCCCUGUGCAGGGGCCUUCUGUUCCCAACAUCAGCAGCACCUGGAGAGGGGCCUGCAGGGCUGCUCCAGCUGCCCCCCACAGGACAGGUUUGUGGGGCCACCAGUGGCCACAGGCCUGGGGAGGGGCAGCAGGCAGGUCCCCGCCCCCCAGCGCACCCCAGACUCCGCCAGCGUGGGUCUGUGCUGUCUGUACAUACAUGUAGGCUGUACUCGUGUAACUUGGGGCCUAGAUUCUCCCUCAGACACCUGACUGUUUCUUCCCCCUAAUUCAGCUUCCUCUCCCCUUCUCUGUCCCUUAGUACACUUCCUGGGGAGUUCCUACCUCCCAGCCCACAUCCCCAGCUCCCCCCAAGGGUCAAGGCAGGAGGCAAACCGAAGCCAGGCCAGCAGAACUCGCCAGCUAUACCAAAACACUCAUUUCCCAAGCAGUGCCUCAUGUCUGCUGGUGCAGUUUUGGGGUCUCCCUGCCUCAGCCUCCCCAGUGGUAUCCCUGACCCCCAGACUGUGCUCAACCCUGGGAACUGAAGGAGGGUGUGGAACACCUAGGGAUGAUGGCUCCAGAGAUGGAGAGAGGAUGCACCCCGAGCCGCCACCUGGGUAAUACGAAGGGGGUGCCCCAACCCCCCUUCUCAAAACGCACCCACUACUCAUCUUCCCACCUCAAGUCUCAGCCAGGCUGCUGUCCCCUAAAACCAAAGCCCCUUUAACUCCAGGGGUCCCAGCCUGAGCCCCCCAGUUCCCUGCCCGCCAAGGAAUGGGGGUGAGGAGAGAGCAGGCGUUCUGCAGGGAUGGAGGGUCUGGGGAGGGCGGGGCACAGUGCUUUCCCCUGGAUUUUUCUGGGUUCUUUCUGGGUUUUCUGGAUUCUCCCCCUGCCCCCAACCUUUCUGGAUUUCUCUUUGGAUUUUCUUUUUUCUUCCUCUUGCUCCCCCCCCCAUGUGUGGGUGUUGAGGCUGUCCCAUUCAUUUUCUCUGAGACUUUUUUUUGAGAUUUUUUUUUUGUUUCCAUUUUGUAUUUUACUCAUAUUACAGGAUAGAUCAUUUUAUUUCUCGCUUUCUGCUUGUGUCACACGACAGACCAUACACAUCACAAACACAUGUCACACACGUCACACAAAUACACACAUGCCUGUGCUCAGAACCCAAGUCAGGGACAGCUCUGCUGGACCUGGGGUCCCCAGGCCUGGCCGCUGCCCCCGGGCCCCAGGCCGCCAUUACCCCAACAUCGCGCGGUCGACUCGGUCUGUGCAGAUGCGCCUGAGUAUCAUUUAUAGAAUGUGACUUUUUGGCUGAUGUUACUUUGUUUUCCCUAUGCAAAAAAAAAAAAAAAAUACAGUGAAAAGGGGUUCCAUAAAAGACUCAAUAAAAGG